AUGAUGUCACGAAGAGGGGUGCGUUGUCUCGGCCGCAUUCUUUGGCUGGCCACAGCUAUUUCGAUCAGCCGAGGAGGCGAUGCUGAGGAGUCACCGGUUGUCGCUCGUUUCUCGGACCCUACCACCAACGGCCCGGUCGCCUUUAGGAAACUGGCUCGUGAUCUGGACACUGGCUACAUAUACGUCGGCGGCGUCAAUCACCUGUACCAACUGGACAGUGGAAUGCAGUUGCUGCAGAAGGUAAGGAACGGCCCGGAGACAGACAGUCCUUACUGUAACUACGACGGCCAGUGCAUCCUAUCUCCGUUCCACUACGAGUCGAAUACCAAACAUCAGAGAAACAGGACCGUAUCGAAGACGCUGAUGGACAAUUUCAACCAGAUCUUGGUGGUGUACAGGGAAAAACGGGUGCUGAUCGCAUGUGGCACGGUUCUGCAAGGUAUCUGCUCGGUGCAUCGACUGGACGAUAUCUCAAAGACAGUGUUCACCGACAAGAUGGUGCCGGUGGCAGCGAACAUGCCGAACGCCACGACGGCUGCUUUCGUUGCCCCGGGUCCCAAGAACGACUCUGUGUUGUACGUCGGCGCCACGUUCACCUUCGAUGCCUACCGUGACCACUUUCCGGCCGUCUGCAGUCGAAGUCUUAGUGACAAGAAUAUGUUCCAGUUGACGUUCGCCGGAGAGAUCGUCUCCCAAUCGGCAAUGAUCAUCCGCAAUGACGUCAUAAGCGAUUUUAAAGUACAGUACAUUGGGGGCUUUUACCACGACGGGUUCGCGUACUGGGCGGCGGUUCAGCGGAAGUCGCUAGACACCGGGGCGCCGUACGUGUCGAAGUUGCUUAGGGUGUGUGGCCCGGAUGCCCGUUACGAGUCUUACUCGGAGAUCCCGCUCGAAUGCCUCAGCACAGACAACUCCAACUAUAACCUGCUGCAGGCGUUUCACGUAGGUCGACUCGGCUCCAGGGUGUUGAGCACGCUGUCGAACGGUGGAUCCCAUGGCCCCGAUCCGUCGAAACCCGCCAAGGAGUCGGCUAUCUGCGUCUUCUCCAUGAACGACAUCCGCUCCGCCUUCUGGUACAACAUUCAACGCUGCAACAGCGGCAUUGGCUACCGCAACCUGCCGCACUUCGGGCUCAACCAACCCUGUCAAAACGUAGGUUACUUUUCCGUUUCCGCGUCACGCGCCGUUCAACGGGACUUUUGCCACCCGAUACGCGUCGGUGGUCAUAUCUUCGCCACGACCGUUGCUGCCGUCUCAUAUACGAGUACUCUGCUGACUUCGGUGGUGGUCGAUGUCAUUGGCGAGGAUACGGUGCUUUUCGCCGGCACCUCGGCCGGUAACCUGAAAAAGGUACACAUUGGUCGGCAGAUGAAAUGA